CAGAUUGCAUUAAAUGGUACCCCUUUCUCAGAUGGGCCACUCAGUUCGGAUUUCACAGGCGUCCCACAGGCUCCCUUUACAUUUGGCCUCGGCCAGAGGGCUCCAUACACAACUGGAGAACAUUGCCUUCUCUGUAGAAGCGAACGCAAGGACCUUGCACUUUCUGAGUGCAGCACAAAAAAUUCAAGCAAACUAGCACUUUCUACAUCUCCUAAAGCCAAUGCCAAGAUGCACCUUCCCUUGUGGGUGUGCUCAGACUGCCGAAGGACAGUAGAGAGCGAGGAUAUCCAUCCCACACAAGACCAGUCUUUAGUGAGUCAAGAUUUCCUUUUGCACAUGCCCCCGGGGAACAGCGGUUCAAAACAGGAGUCUGUUGGUGGAGGAAGGAUGCUUGUGGGAGCUCAGACAGUUGCACCUACCGUGGCACUUAAUAAUACGGCACCUGGUGAUAUAGCAUGCAGUUGUGAUGCAUGUAACGAGCGCAGGGAAAUUUCAGCAGAGUCUGAAAGGGAAACCCAGCAGCUUCAGAAUUAUUGGUCAGAUGUACGGUACAUGAUUCGCUGCAUAUAUCGCCAGGCUGGGACGCCGCUGGCAGAUGACCAGGACCAGUCACUAGUGCCAGAGAAAGAUGGAAUGAAGGAUUUGGUGGAUAGGUUGUGUGAAAGAGACCCUUAUCAGCUGUAUCAACGGUUGGAGCAGCAAGCCCGCGAAUAUGUCCUGGAAAUGAAAGUCCGUCUACUCAAGCACUUGUCUCUGGGCUUUAAAGUCACUCCCAGUAUCCAGGGGCCUCCCCAAGCCCAUCAGUUUAUUUCCCUUCUUCUAGAAGAGUACAGUUCUCUCUGUCAGGCAGCAUGUACCAUUGGCACCUUUCUGGUCACUUUGGAAAAUGAGCAUUUGAAGAAAUUUCAAGUGACGUGGGAACUACACAACAAACAUCUGUUUGAAAAUUUAGUAUUUUCUGAACCGUUACUCCAAAAUAGUUUACCAACAUUAGUUUCACAGUUAAGGCUUGGAACAGCAUCACAUGACUCGUACAGUGAAGAUAUGUAUAGUACCUUAUUACAAAGGUACCUUCAGCUGGAACAAGAAAUGGGUCAGAUUGCUGAAGAGUGGCUGGAGUGUCAGAAAAGAAUUGAUAAUUAUGUAGAUGAACAGUUAAACAACAAGAAAGCAUUGACUGGCGAGAACAACUUUGCUGAUAAAAUGAGGCAUAUGUUAUCGACCAGAAUGUGCAUGUCUGACUGUCCAAACUGUAAUUACAGGAGAAGGUGUACCUGCGAUGACUGCAGCCUCUCGCACAUCUUAACGUGUGGCAUUAUGGAUACACCUGUGGCAGAAGAAAUCCAUGUAAACCCCUUACCACCACUACAAGUAGACUCCACUCCAGACUACCUGUCAGAAAUCCAUCCUCCCAGCAUAUCGUCUGCUAGUUCAGGGUCCGGGCCCAGCUCUCCCAUCACUAUCCAGCAGCAUCCCAGGCUGAUUCUUGCAAACAAUGGCUCUGCACCCACAUUUGGUAGUGAUGAUGAAGAUGGUACCCCUUUAUCAGCAAAAUUUGCUCAUAUUUAUCCCUUGAACAACUAUGACGACGCAGAAGUAGUAGCCAACAUGAAUGGAAUUCAUAGUGAACUCAAUGGCGGCGGGGAGAACAUGGCGCUUAAAGACGAGUCCCCUUCAGUGAGCAGUACAAGCAGCAGCUCAUCAGAGGCGGAUGACGAGGAGGCAGAUGAGAGAGAGUGGCGGUGAGCAGCCUGAUGUCCCCAAAGAAGAAUUGAAUGUUGGGAAGAGGUCACCUAGGAAGGAUGGUGUAAAAAUGGACAGUCCCCCUCCAUCUUACCUCAGCCCACAGGUAGAUCCAAUACCAAAUUCCUGUGAGUGCCAUGUAUGUAAGCAGGAAGCCUCGGGCCUGUCUCCAUCUGCACUGGUGGCAGGACGUCUCCCAACUGGACAUCAGUUCAUUAAUCCCGAUAAACCAGCACAUCCAGCACUUCACCUUUAUCCCCACAUUCAUGGACAUUUACCCUUGCAUACUAUCCCCCACCUACCCCGACCCCUUAUUCACCCAACGUUGUAUGCAGCCUCUCCGUUUGCACACAGUAAGGCUUUGCCUCCUACACAGAACCACACUAAUAAGCAUCAGGUAUUCAACGCAUCUUUACAAGAUCACAUGUACCCGAGCUGUUUUGGCAAUUCUCCUGAAUGGAGCCGGUCUAAAUUUAUAAGUCUUUGGGGGUCAGAAAUGAUGAAUGAUAAGAACUGGACAACUUCCUUUCUACCUGACCCUCUUGCUGGGGGUGAUAUUUUAGGGCCUGCACUUCCUGAAAUAAGGCCUGAAGCACUUCCUACGGCAUCUAGUAGUGAAACUACACCGGCUCCAGAUAUAAAGGAGAAAAAAAACACUGCCAAGAAGAAAUGUCUUUAUAAUUUUCAAGAUGCCUUUAUAGAAGCAAAUAAAGUUGUCAUGGCAACUUCAUCUGCAACCUCCUCCGUUUCUUGCACAGCCACCACAGUCCAGUCCAGUAGCAACCAGUUCAAAGUAUCAUCCAAAAGGCCUUCUUCAAUAGGUGAUGUAUUUCACAAUAUUAAAGAGGACCAUAGGCAUCCUUCUGCACCGGUUGCGCCAAGAAAUAGUCCAACAAGUUUAACAGCACUUCCUUCCCUUUCUCCUGCAACACACCGUCUGCCUCCUCCACUCCGCACCUUCCCAGUAUAAAUCCCCAACCUUUCCCUAAGACAGCUGCCACUGCACCUGGGUUUGUUGACCCUCAUCUAGGUUUCUGUCCUUCUACUGCUGCUCCUCCAACCUCAACCACAGACAGCACACUCAGUGCCCCGCCUAGUGUCUGCAGUGACCCCGACUGUGAGGGUCAUCGGUGUGAAAACAAUGGUGCGUAUGACCACCAGCAGUAUGACGGCGAGGAGAGCCAGGAUGAGGACAGCUGUUCAGAACAUAGCUCCAGCACGUCCACCUCCACCAAUCAGAAAGAGGGCAAAUACUGCGACUGCUGCUACUGCGAGUUCUUUGGGCAUGGAGGGCCACCAUCAGCACCAACUAGUAGGAACUACACAGAAAUGAGGGAGAAGCUUCGGCUCAGGCUGACCAAGAGGAAAGAGGAGCAGCCCAAAAAGCCCGAUCAAAUCUCAGAAAGGGAAACCGGUGUUGUUGAUCAUCGGAAAGUAGAAGACCUAGUACAGUUCAUUAAUAGCUCUGAGACCAAGCCAGUGAGCAGCUCGCGAGCGGCUAAGCGUGCAAGGCACAAGCAGAGGAAGCUGGAAGAAAAGGCACGGCAGGAAGCUGAAGCCAGAGAACAAGAAGUAGUACAGCUUCUUGAAGAGCAAAGGCAGCGCGAGGAUGAGGAAAGGUUAAAACAGGAAUUUCAGCGACAUCAAGAAUGUCAGGCCCUGAAGAAAAAGAAAAAAGAUCGAUCUAAUAGGGACACUCAUAAGUUAGAUCAGCUGACACCUAUCUGUGUCCCCACUAAAGAACCUAAUAUUGAGGCACUUCCCAAUGGCACUUUGGAGCAGGAUACAAUGUGUGUUCCACUCCCUAUCAGGCAGACUCAAAAAACUGAGCUAGUUCUGUUACCAGAGGCAGUAAAUGAGUUACCAAAUCAUGCUAACGGUAGAGACUCAAAGCCAUGCGCUGCUAAAGAGCUGAAGGCAAAGCAGCAGGAGCAGCUCUCUCUUCUUCUGGAUUUGGUCCAUCACAAGGAAAAUCAUGUCAAACAGAAGCAACCUAAACCACAUGUUCCAAAACUCAGUCCAGAACAGGUGAAGAAAUUGGAUGCACCCAGACUCCCCGAAGUCUCACAAAAACCCAAGACCCAAAACGAAAUCAAAGCCCGAGCGCUGGAUAUUACACCUGUGGUUGAACAGAAGAAGGAAGAGAAAAAGAGCAGCAACGGUAACCACAAGAAGCAGCUGAAUCACAUGAAGGAGGAGAAGCCGGUUGCAGUUAGUGAGUCCACCAUAAUCAGCGAACAGCAGAACAACAAGAUCCAGACCACCGCUGAGUCACCACAGCCCAAGGGCAAGAGCAAAAGGAAUAAGAAGAAGAAAGGAGACAAAGUCAAUAACUCAAUUGAUGAUGUAUUUCUUCCAAAAGACAUUGACCUUGAUAGCGUGGACAUGGAUGAGACUGAAAGAGAAGUAGAAUAUUUUAAAAGGUUCUGCUUAGACUCUGCUCGGCAAACUAGGCAAAGACUGUCAAUCAAUUGGUCCAACUUCAGCCUGAAAAAGACCACCUAUGCUGCACACUGA